UACAGUCGCUUUCAGUAAUGCGAAUUCGCUUUGUAGCUGUUGGAUUAAAUCAUGGAUUUUUUUACAUUUUGAUGGAUAUACACAAUAAAUUUUACCUCCGUGAAUUAGAGCACCAAAAAUGUUGUAAAAUCCAACAGAAAAAGUGAUAUUUCAUGUGGAAUCAGUGACUUUGGUCCUUGUUCACAGGAACAUUGUUGUCAUUCAUGAUUUAAUUUGACGAGGCUCUGUAGCAGCAUUAGUCACCUGCCCGACCUGGCGAAAGGCGUCCUGAAAACAGCAGAAUUCAACCAGCUCCCAGCAGCAGUGGACAAGAUAAGGAGCAUGCUUGAUGAGCUCAAGAAGACAAGGAUGAAAGACCAAGCUUCACUGGAGAACUCCUACAAGGACAUCAUAACUGAAAUCAAUGCUCUCCGCAAUGAUAUAAACACCAUCCUAGACCAGCUUCAGGAAAAGACAGUUAAACAGUUGGAUAGUUUGAUGAAAUAUUUAGAGAAAGAUGUGAAAGAUGAUUUGGAAACUUGUGUAAAUACGAAUGACCAGCUCAAGACCAUGGUGAAUACACUACAGCAGAGUACUAGCAAACACAAGGAGAUCAAUCUUUACAUAGGAUUCAGAAAAUGUCAGACCAAGUUGAAUGAGACAAAGAGUCUGGUGCAAAAAAUACAGAAAAAGCCAAAAGAAGGGAUCAGGUUCAAAUCUGAUGAAAGUGUGUUAUCAUUUCUUAGAAACCUUGACAGCCUUGGCAAUGUUGAUAAUGUACACUCCAUGUCAAAAACAACAGAUACCGUCCAUGUGUAUAAGAUUCAAAGUCAACAACGCUAUAAUGUUAAAAUAAAAGAAGACCAAAAAGAUUGCUAUAUUGUAAGUAUUUGUGAGUUGCCCAGUGGAGAGGUGGUCAUUACUGACGAAAUAAACAUAAGAGUGAAGCUUUUGAACCAGCAAUACAAGGUCAUUGAUCACUGUGAUCUUCCUGCUACUCCUAAAGGUGUGUGUCAUACUACUGGCAACGAGUUUGCUGUAGCUGUUGAUAAGACUAAGGUUUUACAUGAGGUCCACUUCCUUACAGUGACCAAAGGGCAGCUACAGACAGUGAGAAAGUUCACCACAAACCAUAAGUGCCACACCAUUGCCCACCACCAUAGCCAUAUGUAUGUGGGCUCCUAUGAUACCCUGUACCUGUACACAAUGGAUGGAGACCUAAAGAGGAAGAUAUAUGAAGAAAAGUCUAGUGGCGGCACAGUGUAUCGAUUUGCUUUUAGUCCUGAUGGAGAGAGAAUUUAUGUUGCAAAUAGCCAUGAACAUAAAUUAGUAACAUUGGAUAAAGUUGGACAAGUGCUAUCUACAUUAGAAGACCCUGAAUUACAGUGGCAUACUGGAGUAUGUGUAAGCCCCAGUGGCCAUGUGUUUGUGUGUGGUGCUAAGUCUCACACUGUUUUACAGGUAGACCGAGAAGGGAGACAGAAGCUGGCCACAGUUGUCAGGAAGGCUGAUGGCUUGUAUUCGCCGCGGUCAGUUUGGUUCAAUGAACAAACCUCCAGCCUCAUUGUUGGGAAUGCUGAUAGUGACAGUAUCGUUGUUUUUAAGUUGUGUGUUGAGUUUUGAAUCAGAGUUGUUAUCCAUGUGUAUAACACAUGUCAAAUUUAGCAAGUGUUGUAUUGUUUUAGUAGUAAAUGUAACAGUUGUUCUUGCCAAUUGUACUGUAAAUAUUAUUUUAUCAUAUUAUAAUAUAUUUCCAAUUGUACAAUAGUUUAUGUAUUGCAUACGUCAUUAUACAUGUAAAUAUAUCAAUUUAAUAUGCUGAUAUGUAGUGUAUGAACUAAGCAAUCGAGCAACUUGCGGUACUUGCUCUGGUAUUUCGA